UCACAUCGCGACAUUGUCAGUCUGCGACAGAGACUUGAAUCAUGCCUGAGGUUGUGAAAGCGCCCAAGAAGGGCUCCAAGAAAGCCGUGUCCAAGGCCGUCAGCAAGAGCGGCAAGAAGAAGAGGAAGACCAGGAAGGAGAGCUACGCCAUCUACGUGUACAAGGUGAUGAAGCAGGUCCACCCCGACACCGGCAUCUCCUCCAAGGCCAUGGGCAUCAUGAACUCGUUCGUGAGCGACAUCUUUGAGCGCAUCGCCGGCGAGGCCUCUCGCCUGGCUCACUACAACAAGCGCUCCACCAUCACCUCCAGGGAGAUCCAGACCGCUGUGCGCCUGCUGCUGCCCGGCGAGCUGGCCAAGCACGCCGUGUCUGAGGGGACCAAGGCCGUGACCAAGUACACCAGCUCCAAGUGAGCCUGAUGUAGACCACCAACCCAAAGGCUCUUCUAAGAGCCACCCACCUCUUCUAAAGACCGUUUCCUUAUACUUAACUGACGUUCUAUAUAAUCUAGUAUAUAUUGCCAAGAUCAACUUGUUUUUCUGUUUGCAGCAUUGUGUUCAUUCAUUGGUUAAAUACUAGUUGAUGGUCGCAUGAGAUGAUAAUCUAGGUUUAGAUAAUAAAGACUUUUAAUAGAGACUAAAUGGUAAAAUAUGUGAAUAAAUUCCUAUUCAUUCAAAGUU